AUGGCAAAUGUAGAUGACGCAUACUUCUAAAAGAAGUUAGAAAAGAAAUAUGCAAUUUUGUUGAUUCAAUGCGUAAUUAGUGUUUUGUGAAUAUUGUGGAAUACAAACUAUUAAUUGUGCAUUUAAAAAGAACAAAAUGAGUUUUUUGGGAAAAUUGUUCGGCGGUAAAAAGGAGGAAAAAGGGCCGACGACACAUGAAGCUAUCCAAAAAUUACGGGAAACUGAAGAAUUGUUGAUUAAGAAGCAAGAAUUUUUAGAGAAGAAAAUAGAAUUAGAAAUACAAACAGCCAAAAAAAAUGGGACAAAAAAUAAGAGGGCUGCCAUUGCGGCCUUAAAGCGCAAGAAGCGCUAUGAAAAGCAACUCACACAGAUUGAUGGAACUCUUACCCAGAUUGAGGCCCAAAGAGAAGCGCUUGAAGGGGCCAACACUAAUGCCCAGGUCCUCAACACUAUGAAGGAUGCGGCUAAUGCUAUGAAACUUGCACAUAAAGAUAUUGAUGUGGACAAGGUUCAUGAUAUAAUGGAUGACAUAGCAGAACAGCACGAUAUAUCCCGUGAAAUCACGGACGCUAUCAGCAACAAUGUGGCCUUCUCUAAUGACGUUGAUGAAGAUGAACUAGAACGAGAGCUAGAGGAAUUGGAACAGGAGGAGCUGGACAAGGAAAUGAUUGGUAUAAAUGUACCAGCAGACACACUGCCAGACGUUCCGGCCGAGCCUGUACCUGAAAAACAGAAGGCAAAACCCAAAGAAGAAGAGGAUGAAGACAUCAAGCUUCUUAAAUCCUGGGCUACAUAAUAAAAGCACUGACAAUAUACAAAUAUAUAAUCAAAUUAAAUAUUGUUUUCAUUUCAAAUAAAAUAAUCGGCCUUAGUUUUGUAUAAAAAAUAAAAUAAACAUGGAGCAAUGGAUAAAUAGUUGCUUUUAAAUAAAUAUAGCACCUUUUUCAGUGUUUAUUCUAAAUAUGAUUUAAUUUUAUAAGAUAACAUUUCUUUAUUACUGUUCUAUAUUUAAAAAAAUCUGUAAAAAAAAAGUUUUUCUUUAAAGAUGUAAAACCUGAAUACUUGUAACACAUAUAACAUACUUCUAAAAAUAGAAUCUUCAUUUCACCGGCUUUAUAACGGCUGAUUGUUCUAUUGCACCUGCCAAUAAAAAUUUUCAACAUUUUAAGGCUCAAUAUUUUAAGUUUAUAGCUUCGUGUUGAAAUAAAAAAAAAAUGGCGGAAUUUUGAUUGUUGUAUUCUUAGUUUAAAUAUUGAUAGUGUUGAGAAGGAAAUGAUGCGAGCUGUAAGUUUAUCCGUAUUUGUAAUAUAAAUAUUUUAAUUGA